UCACUGUCGCUACUGCCAGUGGCAGGAUCGUGCCUGGAAUCUCAUCAUGAGAGCGCCCUCCCCUUCAAAAGGAGCCUCACGAAACCUCGAACUACGGAGAAAAAGAAAGAGAGAAAAAAAAAUCUUCCCCCGCCUCCAAAUAAAAGCUAGGACUUGUGUUUGAGGUCCGAAUUCAAAAAAUGGGGAGAGGACGAGUUCAGCUGAAGCGUAUCGAGGACAAGACCAGUCGCCAGGUCAGCUUCUCGAAGCGGAGGAGCGGAUUGUUGAAGAAAGCCAACGAGCUCGCCGUGCUCUGCGAUGCUGAGGUAGGUCUCAUCAUUUUCUCGGCCAAAGGAAAGCUCUACGAGUACUCCAGCCCUUCAAGCAUGGAAAAAAUUAUUCAACGUCAUCGGGAAUUUUCAGAUGCAGAAAGGGAUGUCAAGAAAGGAGAUCUUGGAUCACAGUACCAGCACCACCCAAAUAUGCCACAUAGGCAACUCGAGGAAUUCGCUCGCCCAGAAAGCAAUGCUGAGCUAAUGGAAAUUGCACAAAGGUAUCUCAAUGAAGCCAAUGUUAACCAACUGAACUUGAGUGGCCUUGAGCAACUGGAGAAAAACUUAGACGAAGCUCUAAGGCAAACUAUGUCCAAGAAGGCUAACUUAAUGAUGGACAUGCUUACGAAACUCCAUGAGAAGGUACAUCUCUGAUAAAUUGCCCAAUAUAACAACUAUUAUCUAUAUGAUAUAGCCCCUUGUUUUGUGUUAUCUACAUUCCAAAUGCCUACGAACAUUACGGAGUUCUCGCUCAUGGCUCCUUCAAUUAAAUCGUGGAUGUAUCGCACAGAAUGAAUGUUACAGAGUUAUAUUACAGAACUUGAACUGUUCUUGCUAUUUAGCUUUACUAUAUCAAAAAAUUGUCUCCUCCAACAUGUACAAUGACAACCUCGUUUCACUAAACAGAACUCAAAUCAUUCAAAAUUUUCUUGCCCUCCCUUGUUCCCCUGUGAGAUGACAACCAUCAAUAAGAAUCUCUUUACUCAAGUUAUAUCCAUCUCACCUAAUAAGAAAAAGAUAAAAGCAUUUGUUAAUUCUGUUUAGUUUUCCCUCAUAUCUGAGAUGGAUUCUUCGAUAUGUCCAUCUUCAAUAUUGAUGCCUGACAUAUGCUAGGAGUUCGCAUUUAUGCGUACGUUCUUUAACUGAAGAAUUCACCACAGGUACAUACACCAAUAUCCCUUUCAAACCAAUUACUCAAGAGUCAAGACUCCUUUUAUCUGCAUGAUACUCUAAACUAGGGUUCUUAACUUUACCAAGUUUCCAAAUUUAUACAUGAGACCUCUUCCAAAAUUAUACUUUCAUGCUAUUAGUUACUGAUGUUAUUCAUUAUUUGUCAUAAUGGUCCACACCUUGUGUAUUAUUAUUAACGAAGCUAUUGACUGGUUCAGCCCAAGAUUUGGCCUGAUGUUUGGUCGAUGAUACACUAAUACUACAAUAAAGAUCUUCUAAUAAGUGAACCUUGAUGAGGUGAGUUAAAAUGAUAAUGAAUACGUAAUAUUAGUCAGAUCAAGUACAAAGUUUAAAUAAUGAUGUACAUGCUUAUAAUAUAAAAUAUAUCGGCUGGAAGCAUUAAUCCAAACUAAGGUCAAAACUUACAAACUGAACUUGGUCAUAUCCUAGCAUGGGCAUUGUGUGCACUCUCACUAUUGUUGCUACACAUGUACAUAAAUCCCAGACAUACCCAAUAACCCAUCGUCCGCACAUGAAUGACCCUUUCACAUUGCAGAUAGCUAAGAAAAAGCAUGAACUUCAACACAUCAUAGCAAUCCUCACUAAUUACUAUACAUACAGACACAAGCAUAUUUCAGUCAUGCACACUGCAACAGCUACUAAAAAAAUCAUCCAACACAGUAAACUAAUCAACUAGGUGCUAUCAAUAACCAUCGAAUUAAAUGAGCAGAAGUACACAGGUAAAUGCAUUGUGAAUUCUCAUUUGUAAGAAAUUGACACUCAUCAUUUAGUAGUCUGAUUGCUGGCUAAAGGCAAUAAUUGACUUUUAAGUAAUUGGUUCAUAGAUAGGAAGCAUCUAAAUAAUUGUUGGUUUAUAAACACUGUCGUC